UUGGAAGGUCAUUUCAUACCUUGAAAUUUUUUUAAGACUUAUCCUACCCAAUUUCUUGAUUAAUAUUUAAUCUCCCUUAUCUCCAAGAAAUAUAAAUUUAAUCCCCUAGUUUAUUACCAACCCACACAUUGCUCCUCCACCUAAGCUCUCCGUCUCUCUGUCUCUCUCUCACUCUCAAGACUGUCUCCCCUCAUGUUGUCAAACUGGUUAAAGUCACAUACUCGUAGGAGGUCUGAACCCCCCACACCCAGGACACCGAACUCAUCAUCGCGCUUCUCUUUCUCUUCUUUCAAAGACAUUCAAGCAGUCCUUGACGAAGACACCCAGCCUGAACCUGAAUCUCCCAAACGGAUCUCCAUUUUCAACCGGGUUCGGUUAUCCAGAUCCUUCUUCCGAGCCUUUACCCGCCGCAGCAGCAAUGCGGUCUCACCUUCUUCACCACAGCCGUCAAUCACCCUCCCCAACGUCGAUCCAUGUCGUAUCAUCGUCUACUUCACCAGUCUCCGCGUUGUCCGCAGGACCUUCGAGGACUGCAGGACAGUCAGAUCAAUCCUCAGGGGGUUCUGCGUCCCGAUCGACGAACGCGAUUUGUCGAUGGACGCUGACUUCCUGGACGAGUUGCAGGAGAUCACUGGUUCUAAAGACUUGUCUCUUCCCCGAGUUUUCAUUGGCGGGAGGUACAUUGGUGGUGCGGAGGAGGUUAAGCAGCUGAACGAGAGUGGCGAACUCUCGAUGUUGAUUGGUCGGUUGACCUUCGUAGACCCCACCCCUGUGUGUGAUCUCUGUGGAGGACUGAGAUUCGUCGUAUGUGAACAGUGCUGUGGGAGCCACAAGAUCUACUCUCGCAGAGGGUUCGUCCGCUGCAUGGCUUGCAAUUUGAAUGGUCUGAUCAGAUGCUCCUCUUGCUGUCCCCUGUCCCGCCGAUCCAUCUGAUCGCGGCUCCUCCAGUGCUGAUCUGUCGUAGUAGACAACAAUAGGCCCCUAAUAUGGUUAUUUCUGAUUUUCUUUCUAAUUUCAAGUAAUUUUUUAUUUUCUUCAUAAACCACAGUUAAAUGGGGACAAAUCC